GCAAUAGGCAAGUGAAUUUUUCUCUAACAUGAUGGUAAUGGGAUGAAUGAAGCAUUAGUGAGCUCGAAUAUAUCUUUGUAGGGCUCUUAAUGGGUACCUUAUCAAGGCCUGCCGCAUAAUGUGUUGAGCAAUGCAUUUUUUGGCACUGAGGAGUGUUGAGAUACCUGACUUUGUUGAUUCUUGUUCUUUACUAAGCGAUUACACUAAUUCUUAGGUGUAUGAGAUUCCAAUAUGGUUGAUAUGUUGCAUUAUGCGGACUCAUUAAUCCUUGAGCACCUCCUUUAGGUACAAUAUACAUACUGUCUUGAGCAGGAUCAUCCUCGUUUUACUAAAAAGGUCAAAUAAUAACCAAGCACGGCAAUCCUCAUUACCUAAAUAAAUUAAGGAGGGGAGGGGGAAGGGAGGAGUGGUUUGGAAUAAGUGGGGAGCAAGUGCAGAAUAAGUGCUUUUACAAAACUUUUGAAUAUCUACUUCGAUUUUGAAUUCCAUUUUCAUAGAAGGUAAAUUUUAGCGAUAGGGGAAAGGGAAGUGUGUAACUUCAUAGUAUAUCACAUACGAUAGGUGUUUGCUAGCAUUAGUAUUUAGUACUUAUAGACCAGUGGCUUGCUUUUAAGGGGAUCAUUUCAACAAGCACCAGCUUGCCUAUUACUCAUAUGUUGCGCCCGUCAUUGUUAUCCAAGCCUCUUGUUAAGGCUCCCCUAGGGCUCACAGGAGGGGCUCUGCUUGCCCAGCGCCGAGGGGUGCGCUAUGCGAAUAUUCAGGAAACCCUCAAACCGAUCCCUGGCCAGAGCGCCGGGCAGAUGUCCAUUCUCAACGAGAUCUGUUGUAACCCUGACGCCGAGGAGGAGCGCCGGAAGCCGGUAUUUCGGCUGGAAGUGAUGCCACGACCCUCCUCUGACGCUUCGACCGCGGAGGAAGAUGGGGAUUAUCUGCGCAAAAUGCAUCGAUGGGGGUACGACUCCUUGACGCUCUUCCGCAAGACGAACGAGGACCCCGGGCCGUGGUGGAAUGCGAACAGCAGCACGUUAAUUUCGAAUUGGGCGCAGGUGGGGGAUUACGCGAAUGCGGGGAUGUGGUCCGGGGUGUGGCGCUACACCUAUGGGAUCGGGGAGUACAACCUGCGCCCGCACGAGCUGCGUGGCCGGGCGUGGGGGAAGAAGGAUCCUCAAAGCGGUGCGGUAUCCAUUCGCUACGGCAACCCCACCAGCCCCCUCCAACGGCUCGUCUUCCCACACACCAAAGAACACGAGAUGCAUCGACGGUUGAAGAAUCCAGAAAACAAAGGCUUCUCGGAGAUCAGCGCGCUACACGGGAAGCGGGUUCUGCGGGAGGUGCAGUAUCACCUCGGCAACGGCCUGCGGUUUUAUCUGGUGGAUGGCGUCUUCGGCAGCGAUCCUAAGACCUGCACGCCCUACCGCAUCAUCACGGAUAACCCCACCCACGCCUACUUCACCUCCUUGGCGGCUAUCCGAAAGUUUAACUACGUCUCUCGGCAGGAGAUCACCCUGGUCAAGCGCGUUUCGCAGUCCCCAAUCGACGAAUGGGCGUGGCGGCGCCCGGGCGUGCUGGUGUAUCACGCCCCUGGCUACGACUUUGAGGCGCCACGCAUCGUCGAGGAGUUUGGCGGACCCCGGCCGAAGGAUAUGGGGUUAUCGGGGAAUCGCUUCCUCGCGUUGGAGCCGUAUAGCAUCCCGAUGAAGGCGGUGAUCGGCGGGGAGCCGAGCUGUGAGGUGCUUUUGGAUACCGUCGCCUUUCUCUGCGCGCGGUGGGGAUUCUACGCGGACGACAAGGGGCUCCUCACCCUACCUGCGGAGUCGGUGCUCUCCCCGAGGGAUGGGCAUUUAACGUUGGUGGUGGCCCCUGAGGCUAUCGCCGAUCGGAUCCGCACCUCGCCCUACCUCUACGGAAGUCGACAUCACCGCAUCGGGAAUGGGGUGAUCUCGCGGGCCUGGGAUGUGGCCUCGUCGCCGCUCGAUCAAACCCAUCCCAUCCAACCCACCGAUCUCAUCGAAGAGGAUCUCGGCCGCGUGCAGCGAGGCCUGCCCACGCGGAUGGGACUCCCACAAUCCCUCUCCCAUCGCCUUUGGGGUCGCCGGCAUGUUUCCGAGUACGGCUUUAAGUGGCCGCACAACUACACCGAGGACGUCGCCACCAAGGCGUACACCGCCGGGCAUCUCUUUAACCCGCCGAAGAAACAUGAGCUGGAAGGUCAUAAGGUCCGCCCGAGCGGGUUUUUGAUUGACGAUGUUGAGGUGGUGGUGAUCGGUGAGGACGGGGAUCCCGCGGAGGCCGUCCUGCAGGCGCUACGGGAAAGAGCCACUCUGUACGCCGAGGAGGCGGCGCUUAAGGCCGCUUUGGAUGAGGUGUUCAAGAAAUGUCGAAGCGUCAAGGUAGUGCCAGAGAGCGAGGCCGGGGGUCUGUUAGAAACGCUUGCGGAAAAGGGGCAGAUGUAA